AUGGCCGAUCUCAAUCCUCUCGAGCUCGCUCUUGUAAACAAGCUUCUGCCCAUCCUCGUCAAGAUUCGCUAUGCGGAACUUGCAAGCACCAUGAUCAUACUGUUUGACCAUGUCCUGACACUCGACCAAGAGAUACGCCUCGUCUGGAACGCACAACGGUCCUUGGGGAAGGCAUUAUUUCUUCUUAAUCGCUAUUACGCGUUGGUUAUCGUCCUAUUCAACAAUUAUGUACUAUUCAACACGAACGUGCUGACCUCAUCUGUGAGUGGAUGUACUUGCUCAAGUCACGCCUGUUUGCUCUGGUUUCGAUGGCAAGGUGUCACUGGGGUUCUUAUGUUCAUUAUCGCCGAGUUCAUCUUGCAAUUACGCCUCUACGCGCUCUACCUCGGAAACAAGCGCGUCGUCGCGGUUUCGACGUUCAUCAGCCUGGCCGCGGCUGCGAGUUCAGCGUAUGUGGUGGGAAGGGCGCUCUCCCUCACAACAGACUCCUGCGAUAGCCUGGCUGUUCGACUUCCCCUGGGAGCAUCUACAGUUUGUGUACCUUUCGGUCUGCCGGACGACUUCUAUGCGUUCUGGAUCCCAAUGCUCAUAUCUGAGUGCGUUCUAUGCGGACUCGCACUUUAUCGCGGACUCCAGAGAUACCGCACGGAUGGCGCUCUCAUCCUCAGCGGGCGGGGGAUCAUAGAGAUUCUCGUCCGCGACUCCGUCUACUACUUCCUCAUCCUAUUUGCAACAUACCUCAUGAACGCCAUCAUCUUCCUGACGCGACCUGAUUCGGAGUUUGAGAUCCCGAUCGGCUUCGCAGUGGCCCUCUCCGUUGUCAUGUCCAACAGGCUAUGUCUCAACGUCCGCGGAUACAUCAUCGAAGAAUCCGAAGGCCCAAUGUCGUUGUACACGAACCCACCAAGACCAAGCGCGUUCGUAUCGCUCAGCGGGGCUGUGGACAACAAUCAGAGCACGUCAUUCGUGCACGAAGGCGCCACACUGUCUGCGAUGGAGAUGCACUCGCUCCGCCAGCUUCGCGCCGGGUCGUGGAAGCAUGCCCACGGCUUCACGCACGAGCGGGAGGACGGCUUCUGCGACGCAGUUGUCAUCAAAUAG